CAAAGCAAAUAUAUUUUUACGCUGUAAUGGGUUUUCAUAUUUUUCCUUUUAUUCUCGUCACAAUUUGUAUACUACAUGGCUCUUGUUAUUCCCAUAAAGGGUUUUACCUAUUUAUGAAAGAUGCAACAUUAGCACCAACUCAUGCUCAUUUUGACUACAUAGUCAUCGGAGGAGGAACAGCAGGUUGUGCAUUAGCCACAACGCUCUCUCAAAACGCGAACGUGUUGGUUCUCGAACGUGGAGGCUCUCCCUACGACAAUCCGACGGCCACCGAUCUUGAAAACUUUACCAACACACUGUUUAACAUCACACCAGACUCAUGGUCGCAGCCUUUCAUCUCCGAGGAAGGCGUUUACAACGUACGUGCGCGAGUCCUCGGAGGCGAGUCUGUGCUGAACGCUGGGUUUUACUCACGUGCGGAAGAGUAUUACGUGGAGUAUGCUGAGUGGGAGGUGGAUGAAGUGGAAGCUGCUUACAAGUGGAUCGAGAGCAAACUUGUAUACGAGCCACAAGUAACAGGAUGGCAAUCUGCGUUGAAACAUGGCCUGUUGGAGGCAGGUGUGUUACCGUACAACGGUUUCACCUUAGAUCAUAUAGUUGGGACGAAGAUCAGUGGUACAAUCUUCGACCCAGCUGGCCAUAGACACUCGGCCGCUGAUUUGUUAGAGUAUGCUAAUCCAGACACAAUUGUUGUCUACUUGCACGCUCUUGUCCACAAGAUCCUCUUCACCACUAAAGGAGACCAAAGACCUAGGGCGUACGGAGUAAUAUAUCAAGAUGCGGAUGGAGUGUUCCACAAGGCAGAACUAGCAAAAAACGCAAUGAGCGAGGUGAUUUUGUGUGCGGGUGCCAUCGGGAGCCCUCAACUGUUGAUGCUGAGCGGCGUGGGUCCUAGGGUUCAUCUUGAGGCCCAUGGGGUGAAUCCUGUGGUCCUAGAUCAUCCCAUGGUUGGACAAGGGAUGGGAGAUAAUCCGUUGAACACUGUUUUCGUCUCGUCUCCUCGACCUGUAGAAACGUCCCUCAUAGAGGUUGUUGGGAUUACCAACUUUGAUACUUUCAUCGAAGGUUUUAGUGGCCUGAAACUCACUAAUAACUUGAUGCAUAGGUUCUUCGAAGGUAUUGUCAACGAGACAAGCCGCUCCACCCUAGCAAUUACAGAAUUCUUCAAAGCCAUUGAUUUACGAUCGAACGUGCUGGAAAUUGAUGGUUGGAUCGUCAAUAAAGUUGACGGUCCAGUGUCCAGAGGUCACUUAGAACUCCGGAACACGAAUCCAGAUGAUAACCCUUCUGUGACAUUCAACUACUACCAAGAGCCGGAAGAUCUUGAGAAGUGUGUUAAAGGACUUAAAACCAUUAUUAAAGUGAUAAAUUCGAAUGCAUUCUCUAGUUACAAGUAUCCGAAUGCGACUGCACGCGAGUUGCUCAAUCGCAUGCUGACCCUUCCCAUCAAUCUCAGACCAAGGCACGAGUCCGCAAAGUUCAACUUGACACAAUUUUGCAUUGACACCGUGAUAACUAUUUGGCAUUAUCAUGGAGGUUGCCAAGUUGGAAGAGUGGUCGACAAGAAUUACAGAGUCUUAGGCAUUGAUGCUUUGAGGGUUAUCGAUGGAUCCACGUUUCUUAAGGCUCCGGGCACUAAUCCUCAAGCCACGGUCAUGAUGCUCGGAAGGUAA